GUUGUUACAUAUUUCGAUCGACACUUCCUUCGCAUUUGCUUCAGGCGGUAUUAAGAAGUUUAUAUUCCUAACAUUCGAUAGUUCUUCCGAACUAUGCAAUUUUAUGUUUAACAUAUUCUCAGUCGCCAAGGUAGCUGUUCCUAUUUUUAAUCCCUCCGUCUUUAUUUCUGCCUGUAAAUACGCAACACCAUAUUAACCAAUUCCUUCAGAUGAACUAUUUAAUUUAAAAUUGAUGUACAGCAUAAUAUUCUUUAUGAUCAAUGACAUAAAAAUUCGGAAUUUUCUCAAAGGUAAAGCUCAUUUUACGUCCAUUCAUCAUCAUUUCAAAAUUCAUAUAAUCAUUUUGCUUUAAGGUGACUGCGUUUUCUUGAUAAUGAUGCGUUAGUUUAUCCAUAAUAAUCAUCCAAACUUGCAUAACAAAGAAAAGUUACGAAAUUUGUGAUUUGAUUCAAAUCAUUUUCACGGGUCAAUUGGAUGAAGUUGAUAAGAAUCUCGACAUCGUACGCUCGUCUUUUAUCUUAUCGAACUUGUCACUUUGAUUGCUAAUAGCUUCAUAAGGGAAAGCUAAAAUAUUGAAAUCUGCUCCUCAAUCUUGCUCAAUCUAUUUGCUCUGUUUUAUCGCAGGAGGAGCCGUGAGAAUGAGCAUCCCGUUUACGUUGUCCACAACGGCUCGAACUUUCGCGUUGUCGAUACCUUCCGGUAUUAGUAAAUUUUCGCAAUGCUUCAUCAUUCUCUUGAUUAAGUUGCCAAAAACUGAUCUUUCGCUGAUAUCUGGUAACUGUUUUGUUAAUUGCUCUUCCAAAGCCUUGAUCAUGUUUAUACGGAGAUUGUUCCCUUUUACAGUUAUUUUAAUAGAAGACAGAUCUACCUCUGGUCCCAAUAAUAUUUUCGUCUAUAUCAUAUGAUAUGUUAUGAUAAUGAUAAAUAAACGAAUCGUUGAUUUAAUUUCAUUAAUCCAUUAAGGAACCCGUAGUAGAAUGAUGCAUAAAGUUACAUCAUUGGAAAACGUAAAUAAUUCACAUAUUUUUAUUAAUAUGUGUAAACAUUUUUCCUAUCCAUCAAUUAAUCAAAAAAAUAUAAAUAAAAUAUUAUGUUAAUAUAACAUUGGUCCUUGAUGGAUUGAUAGCAGUUAUGUUAAAAAUGUAUUAUUGAUUUAAUUUAAUUUUAAUCUUAAUUAUUUAAACCUCGUAAACGCUGUCUGGUCGAAUACCACUGGACACGAUUUGCGUUACAUAGUUGGUUUCCACCGAUUUCACGGAAACCUCGGUCGGUUCUUGCUUAGUUUUGCUUCCGGGAGUAUUCAACAUUUUGCGGGUUUUCGAACAUUGACUUCUCUUUAUAUCCAUCUUUCAGACACUAAGGGGACACCUUGUUAUCGCAUCAAACUCUCGCUUACGAAGGACAGCUCGAGCGACGCGUCGAAAGAGUGCAACAAGAAAUUUUCAACGAUAUCGUUGCAACAAUCAAAUUCACGGAUUAAAAUGCGAUAUGUUCUGAAACGAUAGGUUUACUUGUCAAUUUGGAAAGCGUGCCAAAGUGACACGUGAGAAUCAGUGGAUAACAAAAGAGCGUGGACAUCUUCUCGUUUUAAAUUGCCAGGUUCCAACAAUAUUCUUUCCUCAAACUAUCAUCUAUAGAAUAUCGAAGUAGAAAAGAAAGAUAACGAGGAAGAGAAUGUCUGUGCAAUUUGGAGCGACGAAAGCUCCGCUUAAUUUCAUCAUAGCGGUUAAUUGCGGUCUACUAAUCGAACGAAAUUUGUAAUCGACGGAAGUGGAGCUGCUCUUUGGAGGAUCGACCGCGAACGCAUGAAACACCAGAAUGGUUUCAACCUUGUACAAGCAGUCAGUUUGUUUAACAUUCGUGUCUGCAUUGUUUGAAACGCCUGCGCGAAUUUCCUUGGGAAUGGACGUGGGUGGUAGGGGUAGCGCGGGAUUCAGGGUCGAAAUUGCACGGUGGUUGAAAAGCAUCGGACAUCAGUCGAGGACAGGCGGUCUCGCGUUUAAGUGGUCUAUCAAUUCCAUGUCGCCUUUGGUCCUGUUCUUUCAUUACGGAGUUCUGGCCAUCAUUUUCGGGAACGGUUUUGGGGAUGAACACGAAUACAGACUGACGAAGUAUUUGCUCGAUGGGUACGACGCCGGUGUACGACCAGCUAAAAAUUUCUCCCAACCCCUGUCGGUUGUCUUUGGCCUUUCUCUUCAUCACAUAAUCGACGUGGACGAGAAGAACCAGAUACUGACGACCAACUGUUGGUUGACACAAACCUGGACGGACCAUCACCUGAAAUGGAACGCCUCGGAAUUCGCUGGAAUUCAAGUGAUCCGCGUUCCUUACAACCGUGUCUGGAGACCGGACACGAUUCUGUACAACAACGCCGAUCCACAAUACAGCUCGGCAGUCAUCAAUACGAACGUGAUAGUCAGCCACACAGGGCAAGUGGUGUGGUUGAGCCAUGGAAUAUUUCGCAGCAGCUGCGACAUCAACGUAGAGUUCUUCCCUUUCGACGAGCAACGAUGCGUCCUGAAAUGGGCCUCCUGGACGUACGAUGGAUACCAACUGGAGCUGGAGAGGCAAAGCGAAGAGGGAGACGUGAGCAAUUACCAAGCAAACGGUGAAUUCGACCUGCUUGAGUUCUCCGCGAGAAAAAACACCGAAUACUACUCCUGCUGCCUGGAACCGUAUCCAGAUAUUACUUACGAGAUACGACUGCGACGACGACCCACGUUUUACGUCUUCAACUUGAUCCUUCCGUGCAUACUCAUCAACAGUGUCGCCCUGUUGGUAUUCUACGUGCCGUCUGAAUCGGGGGAAAAGGUCACCCUCGGGAUUUCGGCGCUUCUCUCCAUGACAGUCUUCCUAAUGACUAUUCGCGAGACACUGCCGCCCACGGAGAAAACGCCGUUGAUAAGUCUUUAUUACGGAGUCAGCAUAUGCCUGGUAUCCUUCGCUUCGGGAUUAGCGGUAGUUACAUUGAAUCUUCAUCAUCGUGGCGUUCAAGGUACCAGAGUGCCUGGUAUCGUUCGAUCGUUGGUCUUGGACAAGCUCGCCAGGAUAGUGUUUCUUAAUUUCCAGGAGGAAAAGAGAUCGGACCCUGUCGAGCCUCCCAGAAGAAAAAACAAUUGUCCAUUGCACUGCAAACCGGAACUGGCCCAGUCGCAAUCGUCGCCCAAGUUCGUAACCAGAAGAGAGGAAAGUAACAGCAGCAGUCCUAGUUUAGAUCUUGGUAAAGAGAGCCUUGAAGCGCAAUGGUUGCGUGUGCUGGGAAGAGUGCACGCGACGAUCGACAGGAAUGAGAAGCGUCUGGCGGAACAAGACCGUCGCGAACGAAUGGAAUUAGAUUGGAAACAAGUCGCAUUAGUCAGUGAUCGAGCGUUACUUUGCGUUUUCUUCUUGACAACGGUCGUCAGCACCACCGUUAUCCUCUGUGGCUCUCCACCAGCCACGAAUAUCGCCAAAGAGGGAUAGAUUCGAGAAGGACGCUGAUAGGAAAAUUGUAUUAACCGGGCAGCGGAUUCGACUAACUUUGUUUCGAAUAAGAUCGAUGGAUUAAGUAUUAAGCACUGGUAAUUAUAAGCAAUCUUAAGGAUAAGAUGUAUAAUGUUCGUCUAUCGGAGAUAAACUGCUGUGAAAAUAAAUUCUUUUUGUUUUAUGAUAA